AUGAAAUCGGAUUUGCUUUUAUGGGCACAACUAUUCAGUUCAUCAUCCAAGGAUCUAUUACGAGAAGAGUUGACUGAUGGACUACUGUUGAAUACAAUAUUUGGAAUUAUUGAUGAAAAAACCAAUCCAGAUGAUCGUCUAUGUGAGACUGUCACCUGUGUUAAAGAUCGAUUGAACAAUUGGAAAAUUAUCAUACAAAAUUUACGAAAUUAUUAUUUAGAAGUGUUGCAAGAAGUCAUUACAGUUCGUCCACCAAACAUUGUACUAGUCAGUAAGAUACCAGAUUCUGCUCAAGCUUACCAAGAAUUAGAGAAGAUCCUACUCUUCCUUUUAUGCGCAGCUGUACGAUGUGAUCGACGUGAUUAUUUUAUUCGUCAAAUUAUGGAGAAUUUAGAUCCAGAUGUUCAAACUGGUAUCAUGAAAUGUAUCAAAAAUGUAACUGAAAAUUCACUGGGCAUUAUAAGUUUUGAGAAGUUACGAUCAUCGGAUGCUGAUAUUUUGCGGACAUUUCGAUCUGUUGUUAAUCAAAUUGAAGAUGUUUAUUUAGAGGAAAUUAUUCAACUGUUAGAUGAAUUGGCUUCCCUACAAAAUAAAUUUAUCACCUUACAAGCAAGAUACCAGUUAGCCUCUAGAGCUAGGACAUUAGGAUCGCAUGGAUUAAAAGAGCGUUCAGUUUCCACUAUAUCACUUCGAGUUGAUACUGUAAACAGUAAUAAUAAUCACUUUGCUGUCUCCACGCCUAGACUAGAUGAACAAACUUCAUUAUCGUGUAAAAACGCAGAAAUCAGUAACAUAAUAAACAAUGAUUUAAACUUAUCUCUACGACAGACUAGUGAACAGUUGAAGAUGAAAACAUUGAAGAUGACUGUGGAAUAA